UAAAAUAGCUGCAUGGGGAAUAUCUCGUUUUAGCAGGCACAAAUCAGAGGUACUGCGUUACAUGCGCCGACCCAGACACAGGGUUUGCAAACACUCUAAGAAGUUCCUGUUAUAUUCAACGUUGGAACACUCGUCAGAGAAACUUCUGACAAUUCCAGGAACAUCCGAAGUCCCAAAUCAAGCAUUCAGCCAGUUUGGUGGUCAUUCGGAGUCUAUAUUCGCAGCAUUAUAGUAGCUCUUCUACAGGUUUGACAUAGGACACAAUAUGACCUCCCAAAAUUACGAAUGCAGUAAGUGCCCCAAGAUUGAUACACAGAGAAAAUUAACAGAGCAUUUUAUCCGAAGCCACGUGACCGAUGAGGAGGCACCAUGGAGGUGUUCCUUGUGCAAUUUCAAGGCUCUGUCGCAUCAUCAGCUUCAGAAUCAUACAAAUCAUUUUCGCCACCAAGAAGCAGUGAAGCGAUGCCCUCUAGGAAUAAUUGAGUACAUAAAAUCCAAAACACCAUAUAAAGUACAAUUUGGUAGAGAUAUUUUGCCGCAUCGCGAGAAUGAACCUAUGUACAAUACCGGCGUGGACAAGGUUAUCGAUUACAACCACAAAUCACUCGGUAUCGUUCUCAGUCCUGGUUUGGGUUUUGACUAUUCCGUUGGCGAGACAGAAUCGGAGGAAGACGAAAUAAGAAGAAAUAGAUUUUGUGAAAGAGAAGGAAACACGAGGGAAAGGAGAAAUAGAUCUCAGGAAAGAGAAGGAAACGACAGGGAAAGAAGAAAGAAAUCUGAGGAGAGAGAAGGAAACACAAUGGAAAGAAGAAAUAUUUUCAAGGAAAGAGAAGGAAACACAAUGGAAAGAAGAAAGACAUCUGAGGAAAGAGAAGGAAACACAAUGGAAAGAAGAAGGAAAUCUGAGGAAAGAGAAGGAAACACAAUGGAAAGAAGAAGGAAAUCCAAAGAAAGAGAAGAAAACACAAUGGAAAGAAGAAAGACAUCUGAGGAAAGAGAAGGAAACACAAUGGAAAGAAGAAGGACAUCUGAGGAAAGAGAAGGAAACACAAUGGAAAGAAGAAAGACAUCUGAGGAAAGAGAAGGAAACACAAUGGAAAGAAGAAGGACAUCUGAGGAAAGAGAAGGAAACACAAUGGAAAGAAGAAGGAAAUCCAAGGAAAGAGAAGGAAACACAAUGGAAAGAAGAAAGGCAUCUGAGGAAAGAGAAGGAAACACAAUGGAAAGAAGAAAGACAUCUGAGGAAAGAGAAGGAAACACAAUGGAAAGAAGAAAGACAUCUGAGGAAAGAGAAGGAAAUGGCGGGGAAAGAAGAAAGAAAUCGGAGGAAAAAGAAAGAAAAGGCGGUGAAAGAAGAAAGAAAUCCGAGAAAGGAGAAAGAAAAACAAGCGAAAUAAGAAAUAUUAACGGUGAUGAAGAAAGAAACGGUGUAGAAAAAGGAAGGAAAUCGAAAGAAAGGGGAAAUAAGCGACAGCGAACAUCUGAACCAGACAACCAGAACAAAAAGCCCAGACUGACAUCUUCAUCGGGUGAGGGCAGCAGAAUUAAGACAGAAAGGACACCAACCACACGGCGAGAAAGGGUACCCAUGGCAACAAACGAUGCUGGCGUAAACGAGGAAACAAACAUGAAAGAUGUUCUCGAAGACAAAAAUGUGACCGGAAUUACCAAAACCUAUAAAGAGGCCCAGAGGGCGAAAACAUCUUUCCCACUUAAAACAGAAGAACUAGACCUGCCAUUAAACAACAACCUGCAACAGGACAAACAAAUAUAUGACCAUACUAACGAACCUACGCCGGAUGUUGAAGAAUCAGCCGAGGUCAACGUCGAACUAGGCAUUGCCGAUCAGCCAUCACAAGAUGGAGCAGAGAGAGAGCCGGAUGUAGAGGUUGUUGGGGAAGAGGGCGCUCUUGUCGACAAGAUAUCGGACCUGAUACAGAGUCUCCAGCCCAUGAAGAACAUCUCGAAAGCCCUCAUUAGUCUGGACUUCCACAUGAGACGACUCUUGCCACUGUUGGAGCAGUGUCAAAAUGGAAGGCAGUCAUCAACUGCAGGCUUGUUGAAGGACAGCAAUGAAUGUUAACACUGGAAGAACUGUAUGUCUUUUAUCACUGCAUAGUGACAUUUAUACUAGCCAUAAUUUGGUUAAUAAAAUACGUUAAACUGCUAUUUAAAAUCAUGAUAUCUAAAUUAAAACGAUGGUUUAUCAUGUCCAUUACAUAAAGACCACAAGAAGCGCUCACUUGUUCUUGAAUUUCAGAUGUCAAAAUUUUUGCAGUUGCCACUCAAUUGUUUUUUGAAUUUAUCUUUAAAUUUUAGCAAGGCAGUAUACCAUAAACAUAAAUGUGUUGUUCUUUCUUGCAUAACUGUGUACAAUUUAUGACAUGACAAGUAAGUUUAGUUACUGUUACAGAGCAUUGCAACAAUUACAAAUUCAAAAGAGGGUUUAUUGACCUAGAUGGAAACAUAAACCUGUACAUAUUUCUGACACUUGCAAAGUGCGUAAAUAUAACGGCCCUGUCAUUCUUGGCAACCUUAACUUUACAUAACUACUUUCGCUUCAUUUUCCGUUCAUAUUUCGAGACCCGUGAAGAUUCCGGCGUAGAAUAGGUCUUCAGCAACCCAUGCUUGCCGUAAAAGGUGACUAUGCUUGUCGUAAAAGGCGACUAGACAAUCCAGUGAUUGACAUAAUGAACAUCGA